AUGUCUACCAUCCAAGGAUCAGCCGCCGGCGAUGACCACCACCGCGACGACGACAAUCAGUAUCUUUUGUCCUACAGCGACGACGACCACGAUCAUCUGAAGAGGCUGCCCCCGCCGCUAACUCUGCUGCAACAGGCCUACAAGAGCGGCGCGGACCUCGUUAAGUACCUCCCCACCGGCACCGCCAUCGCCUUCCGCGUCCUCUCUCCCAUCGUCACCGACUACGGGAGCUGCCCUGUCCCAGUCAACCGGAUGAUGACCCUCGCCCUCCUCUUCUUCUGCGCCCUUACCUCCUUCGUCCUCCCCUUCACCGAUAGCUUCACCGACUCCGUCUCCGGAUGCGUCCGCUAUGGCCUGGCCACCUACAGAGGCCUGCUCAUCAUCGACGGCCGUCCUUCGCCGCCGCCGGCGCUCGCGGCCAAGUACAAGCUGACGCCCAUCGACUUUGUGCACGCGUUUAUGACGCUGAUCGUGUUCGUCGCCGUCGCGUUGGCGGACCACAACGUGGUGUCGUGCUUCUACCCGAUCGAAUCGGACACCAUGGCGCAGUUGGUGGCGGCUGUGCCGGUCGUGGUUGGGCUCCUCGCUAGCGCGUCGUUCGUGGCCUUUCCGACCAAACGUCACGGGAUUGGGUUUCCGGUCACCCCAGAAGCAUCGACGCGUUAA